CCGUGAGGGUUCAGACGGAACAUGAAGGACUUCUGUGCUUUAUUCAAUAUUUGUUUUUUUGAUUCAAUGAAAUUGUUUCAUGUCACAGUUUACAAAUUGAAACCUCCGUGGCGUUUCAUCACUUCCACACAGUUUCCACAUGUUGAGGUGUCACCGCAGUAACUCACCUCUCUCUGUGCUGCAGGGUUACAACGGAGCCCCGAGGGCCUACAUCGCCACCCAGGGGCCGAUGGUGCACACUGUGGGGGACUUCUGGGACAUGGUGUGGCAGGAGAGGAGCAGCAUCAUUGUCAUGAUCACCAGACUCAAGGAGAACAACGAGAAAUGUGAGCUGUACUGGCCUCAGCCGAGGGACACGACGUCGACGAGGGUGAAGAGGGUCGAUGGAAAUGAGGAGGAGCAGAGGGAAGAGGAUGAAGACGAGGGAAAGACGAGUCAAUUCGGCAGAUUCGUCCUCAGAGUGAAAGACAGCCAAGAGAAAGAUGGGUUCACGAUCACCGACAUGGAGAUCCAGUUAUCUUCGGAGUGUCGUACUGUCAGACACUACUGGUUCACUUCUUGGCCCGACCACCACAUCCCACAAUGCACCGCUCCUGUGCUGGGGCUGGUGGAGGAGGUGGAGUCGUACAGCAGGUCCCUCCUACUGCCCAGCUCCCAGCCAAUCACAGACUCCGUCCCCGGCCCUGGACCAAUCAUCGUCCACUGCAGUGCAGGUAUCGGCAGGACAGGUUGUUUCAUAGCGAGCAGCAUCAGUUGUCAGCAGCUCAGAGAAACUGGUCAGGUUGACAUCCUGGAGACGGUUUGUCAGCUUCGACUCGACAGGGGCGGGAUGAUCCAAACCACCGAGCAGUACCAGUUCCUGUACUACACUCUGGCCCAGUACAGCUCCAAACUACAGCUGGACCAGGAGCAGAAUCAGAACCAGCUGAACCCAGAGGACAGCGUCAGCAUAAAGCUACGCAACCUCCAUCUGGACAACACACGACACGAGAGGAACUGAUGCCACACAGAACCUCUGCGCUCCGGACGGAACCCAGGAGACCUCAGAACCAAACUCAUGGAAACAAGACACAACACCAGCAGCAGAAUCCAAAGACCUGAGGCCGUUAAGUUAAGGACAGAGAGUUAAAGAACCAGCAGAAUCACAGGAAACGAACAGGAACUGAGACUGAAAAUCAACAGAACUCAUUCAGAACCGAGAACCAGAACCAUGAUUCCGGAACUUAAAGAACCAAGUUGAAAAAAACACAAAAUGUCCUUUACAGUGUUUAUAUGAAAUCAAAUAAAAUAUAAAUUUAU